AUGGACAGUGCAAUCCGAAGAAGAGCUCUGGUCCUUGAUGCUAGCAAAUUUGAUUCCUCCUGCAACGGCGUGGCCAUCAUCAUCGGCACCAUCAUCGGCUCGGGCAUCUUCGUGAGCCCCACGGGCGUGCUGAAGGAGGCCGCCCCGCCGGGGCUGGCGCUGGUGGUGUGGGCGGUGUGCGGCGCCUUCUCCAUCGUGGGCGCGCUGUGCUACGCCGAGCUGGGCACCACCAUCACCCAGUCCGGCGGCGACCCCACCUGCCCCGUGCCCGACGGGGCCACCAAGCUGGUGGCCUGCCUCUGUGUCCUGCUGCUCACAGCGGUGAACUGUUACAGUGUGAAAGCUGCCACUCGUGUCCAGGAUGCCUUUGCAGCAGCCAAGUUGGGGGCGCUUGCCUUGAUCAUCAUCCUUGGCUUCGUUCAGCUGGGGAAGGGUAACGUGUCCAGCCUGAGACCUGAGCACUCCUUCGAAGGCACCAAAGUAGAUGUGGGGAACAUCGUUUUGGCUUUGUACAGCGGCCUCUUUGCCUACGGAGGCUGGAAUUACUUGAAUUUUGUCACUGAGGAGAUGAUAAACCCCUACAGAAACCUGCCAUUGGCCAUCAUCAUUUCACUGCCUGUAGUCACCCUGGUUUACGUAUUGACAAACUUGGCUUACUUCACUACGCUGUCGACAGAGCAAAUGCUGACGUCGGAAGCCGUGGCUGUGGACUUCGGAAACUAUCACCUCGGUAUGAUGUCCUGGAUCAUACCUGUCUUCGUCGGCUUGUCGUGUUUUGGAUCUGUCAAUGGAUCCCUCUUUACUUCUUCACGGCUGUUCUUCGUGGGAUCCCGGGAGGGCCACCUGCCCUCCGUCCUGUCCAUGAUCCAUCCCAGGCUCCUCACUCCAGUGCCUUCUCUCGUCUUCACAUGUAUUAUGACCCUGAUGUAUGCCUUCUCCAAGGAUAUCUUCUCCGUCAUCAACUUCUUUAGCUUCUUCAACUGGCUCUGCGUGGCUCUGGCAAUCAUCGGCAUGAUGUGGCUCCGCUAUAAAAGGCCAGAGCUGGAGAGGCCCAUUAAGGUUAAUGUGUUACUGCCCAUUUUCUUCAUCCUGGCCUGCUUGUUCCUCAUCGUGGUCUCCUUCUGGAUGACGCCGGUGGAAUGUGCGACUGGUUUCGUCAUCAUCCUCAGCGGGCUCCCUGUUUACUACUUCGGGGUCUGGUGGAAGAACAAACCCAAGUGGAUCCUGCAAGGCAUCUUUUCCACGACAGUCCUGUGCCAGAAGCUGAUGGAAGUGGUUCCACAAGAGUCUUAAACAAGGCCAGCACGGACACUCGGCUUGAGAAAACACACAAUGCCGUUUGAGAACGACACAAAAGAAAAGGCGUCUGAUGCUUCUUCGAUGAAACCUAGAGCACCUUGGCAGAGCUGCUGUGUCCCUGAGGCCCCGCCACUCGCUCUGCCUGUCCCCUCUUCUUCUCCCCCAUCACCACCCCCAAGCCAGGCAACACGUUGGAGAAGAGUACGUGGUACGAUUUUAGUCCAGGACGAGGAGUUUCUGCUGGUCGCCUCCAGAGACUGCAGCUCAUUCACUAACAGUGAAUCUCAUCAGAUUCUGUGUUUGUGUGUGUGUUUGUGUGUGUGUGCAUGUGAGACUGAGGGCUCAACUUCAGUUCUGGUCACUGUUAUUUAGUAUCUUUAUUUUUGAGGGGUUUUGGGGUUUGUUUUUUUUUUAUAAUUUAAGAUUAGCAAUUUAAUUUCUUCGUCACAGAUACUGCGAGUGCAUCUGCUGAUGUAAUGGAAACAAUUCCUAACGUUGCCAACCGUAUGUGUCUGCCUCCCAAGGGACUGGGAUUACACACUGCUGCAUAGCUACAGGCCUCCAAGUCGGGCUUGUUGAACCGCAACGAGCCGCGCUGGCUGGCCUGCCAAGGUGACGUUCUUGGAAGACCUAGGCACCAGCAGACAAACCAAAUGAACCAAAAUAGGUGUGACACUGAUUUUAAACGAGGAUCUGCACUGAUUUUAGCCCAGUCCCUGCCCUGUCUCUCUGUUGCCCCAACUCAGAUGGAAAUUUUAUUUUUUAGACAUUCAUUUUAGUGCUAAUUAAACUGUAAAUCACUGGGCAUACAUUUCCCCCCCCACCCCCCCCGCCCUUGAGGACUCCAGGUGCUGGUGCUCUUUAUGGACUGAUCACAUUUGUAGAGAUGUUUGCAAAGCAAAGAUCUUUCAACAGGCUUUAGCUGUUUUGGCAUCUGCUCACACUCACAAAAAUAUAUGCUCUUGGACACUUUGGAGUCUGCCAGAAAGGUCUUUGCGCAGCAAUUUGCAAAAGGCAGAGCAGAAUUAGCAUCAUGGAGAGGACAGGGUAUGUGCACGUGUAUUUUGAUUUUCAUUCUUGCUGGAUCAUGCUCAGUUGCCUGGUUUUCUACCCUUUAAACUUACCCCCCUCUCUAUUAUUGGGCCAGUACUCUAGGCCACUUCUGUAGUUGCACUAGUCCUAUUGUUGCGUGUGAAUACAUUUUAUUUUGGACGCCUGUCA